AUGGCAGCAGACACUAAUGCUAAUAUUGAUACUAGUGCCCGAUCAAAUGUUCAGUCAGACUCCCACACACUUCCCAUUUCCCCUCGUUUUAUCGGACCCCAUUAUCUUUCCGUGUCUCCCUAUUACCUUUCCAUUCCCUCUCCGGAUGAUAUCCAGACGCUCGAAUAUCAUCUGUCCGACUCGAAUCCUGACUCGGAAUCCAUACACUAUUGGACUCUUACAAUACCUCGACCAUAUGGAAUUGAAGAUGCAGAAAAAUUUGUGAACAGCUGUUUAGACAGAACGGAAAAGACGGGUGUCUGUUUGCAAUGGGCGAUUAGAGUUCAGGAGGAAAAGACGGGAAACGAAAGGAACAAUGGGAGUAUAAUUUGGGACAGCGGGAACGGUUUAAAAACUGACGCUCCCGCGAAAUCCCACUUUAUUCCUACGCUAAUUGGGAUGAUCGGAGUACACCUCAGCGAAAAUGACCCCAAAAGAUAUGAAAUCGGAUAUUGGCUUUCGCCUGCUCAUCGUAACAGAGGAGUUGUCUCUUCUGCCGUCGCGAAAGCAUGCGAAAUUGUAUUUGAAGGUCUAGGGGAAGAAGAGAUUUAUGGUCAGACGUUUGUGGGGAAUCUGAGCAGUAGGAAAGUACUGGAAAAGAACGCGUUUGAAUAUUUGGGCGUUGUUAAAGAUAAGAGUAAUGGAGACAUCCCCAUCGCUUGUCCUGAUCCAAAGAGCGUUCGACACACGUGGUUAUUUCGUAAACGGAAAGAAUAA